GCGAGUUAAUUUGCUGCUUAGCGUAAAUUUGGAACGUCACGGCAGAUGCCGCAGCCGCGGCAUUUUCCUCGUGCCCAUUCAAAUCACGCGUGAUCCCGCUUGAGCAAUUCACCGAUUCACAAGUGGUGAGCGCCGCUAGCGAGGUGUUAGUGAACUUGUAAUUCCCCACUAACCUAUCAGUAUCGAGCAUGUAGUAAGUGACUACUGGAGUUACGAGUAUUGAUUUCCAGGUCAUCAACCAGAACCUACAAUUAUGCAAAUCUCAGUGGUCAUGCGACUCCCCGCCACAUGCACGCCGAGCAAAUGUACACGUGCUCUGAUGGUGCAUUUUAUGCCAGCUAGAUCCAAAUUGCAGUUACAUAAUGUUCAUGUGUCUUGCUUGCGAAGGCACCUCGCUGUGGCUAUAAAAGGUCUUUCCUCGGCCAUCAUCAUGUCGUUGAGUGUCAUCCGAGUCAAUGUUCAACAUGAUGUGGGCCCUUGCGUCGCUCCUGCUUGUAGGUCCCGCCCUAGCAGCUAUCCCCAACGCCAUGCUUCGUGGUAUGCCUUCUUUCCCAAAGCCCCCAGUGCCGCGGCUGCAUCGUUCCAUCACUUCGCCGAAUGGCACAGUGCUCCCACCCACUUCUACCGUCUAUUACUUUGAUCAGCUCAUCGACCACAAUAAUCCAGACCUCGGGACAUUCCAGCAGCGAUACUGGAUGAACUGGGAGUUCUACGAGCCCGGUGGCCCCAUCAUAUUGAUGAUGCCCGGAGAAGGUAACGCGGAAGGCGCCGAGAUCUUCAUCACCAAUAGUACCAUCAAUGGUCUCAUCGCUCAAAAACAGAAUGGUGCAGCCAUCAUCAUCGAACACCGUUUCUUUGGCUAUUCCAAUCCAUACGACGACCUCACGUCACAAUCUCUCGCGCUCCUCACCAUCCAGCAGGCCAUCGAUGAUAUUGAGUAUUUCGCGAAAACCGCUGACCUUCCGAUGCCUGGGGGUGAUGCUGUGAAACCAGGUCAGGCGCCGUGGAUAUUGGUCGGAGGAACCUACGAGGGGGCCCUCACGAGUUGGACGAUGGUCAACAAACCGGGACUUUUCUGGGCCGGGUAUGCAUCCUCUGCGAUGGUAGAAGCAAUCACCGACUAUUAUGGGUAUUUCACCCCUGUUUACGAGUACAUGCCGCAGAACUGUUCCUCUGAUGUAGAGGCAGUGAUUGCCUACCUUGAUGGUAUGUACAUGGCUAACGACAUAGCUGGAAUCCAGAUCCUCAAAGAGGCAUUCGGCCUGGGAAAUGUUGUACAUGUAGAUGAUUUCGCCAGCGCAAUUCAAUCCAACCUGUUCGAUUGGGAACCUAUGCAGCCUUCUAGUGGCCCAGGAGCGAUGUUUUUCCAGUUCUGUGAUGCACUCGAGGUCAAAAACGGUAUCAGUGCAGGACCUGAAGGAUGGGGUCUCGAAAACGCCAUCCAAUCUUGGGGAAACUUCUGGAAUACCACAUACUACAACUAUAUCUGUGGCUCAGAUGAUGCCGAAACCUGUCUUGGGACGUAUAACACGAGCCAGUCCUACUGGAGUGAUGUCACCGUGGAUAAUCCAGACCGGGUGUGGUUGUGGAUGAUGUGCAAUCAACUCGGAUGGUACAGGGUUGGCCCUCCUGAAGGCCAGCCCGCAAUUGUGAGCCACAUUAUCCAACCCAUUUACCAAGGUCGCCAAUGCGUGAACAUGUUUCCUCAAGCGUUCACAUAUCCGCCUGAGCCUGCCACGGAAGAGAUGAACGCGAAGUACGCUGGUUGGGACGUGAGCGUCCCGCGUCUCUUCUUCGUAAAUGGCCUGCGUGACCCUUGGCGCGAAGCAUCUGUCUCUGCUGAUGGGCUGAAUAAGCCAAACAAUCCCAGCAUGCCGAUCUAUGAGGUCGAUGGAAUCCAUACCACGGAUAUGUUCACAGAUAAUAAUAUAAAUCCGACUGUCGCAGCCGUGCAGGAAGCAGCAUUGAAGUACAUGAAGGAGUGGCUCGCUGAGUGGGCGCUGUCCACCUCAUAAUAGAUUGAAUCGUCGGGGCUUGCUUAUAUUACAGUAACCUGCGUUUGAGGAGAAGCAGUGUCUCGUAGGCAAAUCAAAUAAAUGGAAGACAGAUUCCUUUUGUAUGGGGAGAAGUAUCGAUGUUAAUGCACAGUGGAUUUCAUUCA